UAAAGACUGAACGCUUCCUCCGCUCUCAAUCUGUCGUCCAGGAGUCUCCUCUGUCCUUCUGAUCCCCAUCAUGGCUGUGACAAACCAACCAGGCAGCUACGCUCGCUCUGAAUUCCAGACCGGCCUCUGCGAUUUCUGCGACGACUGUGGAACUUGCUGCUAUGGUUUGUGCUGCUACCCGUGUCUGGGCUGCUCCAUCGCCAGCGACAUGGACGAGUGCUGCCUUUGUGGUCUGAACAUGCCCAUCCGCAGUGUCUACAGGACCAGAUACAACAUCACAGGGUCACUGUGCAGCGACUUCAUGGCCUACAUGUUCUGUCCGGUCUGUGCCACCUGCCAACUGAAGAGAGAUAUCGACCGCAGGAAGGAGCAAGGCAUUUUCUGAAUGGAUGCCGUCGGGACACAAGAAAAGUUGUAAAUGUGCUGGAUUGCUCCUCUCAUUUGUCUGUAAUAAAAUAAAGUGUUCUUUAAAUAAUUAAAAACACUCUUAAUUU